AUGGUGCGGACGACGGUGCAGGAGCUGGCGGCGGCCGUGGAGGAGCCGCCGCGACAGUACGUGGUGGCGCACGAGCAAGAUCAAGGCCUGCUGGCCGCUGAUGAGAUGCCGGAGCCCAUCCCUCUCAUCGAUCUUAGCCGGCUGACUACGGCCGCCGCCGCCGACGAGGCCGACAAGCUCCGGGCGGCUCUACAGACCUGGGGCCUCUUCAUGGUGACCAACCAUGGAAUCGAGGAGUCUCUCAUGGAUGCCAUGAUGAGCGCGUCGAGGGAAUUCUUCCGGCAACCGUCCGAAGAGAAGCAGAAAUGCAGCAACUUGAUAGACGGCGGCGGCAAGCACUCUGAGGUGGAAGGCUAUGGAAAUGACGAGGUGGUAAACCAGGCCGAGGGCCUCAGCUGGAACGACCGGCUGCAUCUGAGGGUGGAGCCAGAAGAUGAGAGGAAUUUCACCAAGUGGCCCGCUCACCCGAAAUCUUUCAGGGAUGUGCUUCUUGAGUACGCAUCAAGAACCAAGAGAAUAAGAGACCUCGUCUUUCGAUCGAUCGCCAAGCUCCUGGACCUUGAUGAGGAUUACUUCCUCAACCAAAUAUCAAGCAAGGAUCCCGGGUUUGCUAGGUUCAACUACUACCCUCCGUGUCCGAGACCUGACCUAGUACUGGGCAUGAGGCCUCACUCUGAUGCUGGUCUCCUUACCAUCCUUUUUGUCGACCACGACGUCGGUGGCUUGCAAGUUGAGAGAGAUGGGAGAUGGUACAAUGUUCCGGCCAAGCCUUACUCGUUGGUGAUCAACUUGGCUGACUGCAUGGAGAUAAUGUGCAACGGGAUCUUCAGGAGCCCGGUCCACAGGGUGGUGACGAACGCCGAGAGAGAGAGGCUUUCACUGGCCGUGUUUUAUGCUGUGGAUGGAGAGACGGUGCUGGAGCCAGCGCCUGGUUUGCUGGAUGACGAGCGACCGGCAAGAUAUGGGAAAUUCAAGGCCAAGGAUUUCGGUCUUUCUUUCGACUGA